AUGUCUCAUUAUGUACCGCUAGAGCUUAUCAACAGUAUACUACCCAGAUUACCAGUGAAAGCUCUCAUACGUUUUCUCUGUGUUUCUAAGGAAUGGUCCGCCUUAAUCAGCAGUUCAAAUUUCACCAAGAAUCAGCUCAGUCACUCCAUCGAGACCAACAGCAACCGCACGCUGAUUCUCAAGGAAACAUGCAUAAAUCUGCCGUUACAAUCACGUUUCUUCUCCGUUCCUUACUCCGACAAUGAUCAGUUCGGCAAGGCUGUCCAAAUUUACCAACCUCUACAUAACUGGGACAUCCUGGACUAUUGCCACGGUUUGGUUUGCCUUCUCUUUUAUAAGUACAAAGAAAAGGAAGACAUCGUGAUUUGGAAUCCAUUGAUCAGGAAGUACAGGAAGUUGCCUAGGGAACCAAUAGACGAACCAGAAUUUUCAUGUGAUUCGUUUUCCAGGUUUGGAUUUGGGUAUGAUCCUAUUAACGACGAUUAUAAAGUGGUGAGAAUUGCAGAAUUUUAUGAGGGACCAGUUUUAAUGGACUUCUUUGAAGUAAAGGUAUAUGGUUUGAAAUCACAGUGUUGGAAAAAAAUUGAAAAACAACUGCCAAUCAAGGAGAUAUGGUCAAUGCAGUCAGUUUCAUUGAAUGGAGCUUUCCAUUGGAUAGUUGAGCAGGAUGAUAGGUUGGAAUCUAUCCUUGCUUUUGAUCUUGCCAAUGAGAAAUUCCAACUUUUCAGAAAGCCCCUUAAUGAAGGGAUGCCCAUUUUGGAUGUGUUGGGAGGAUGCCUCUGUUUUAUGGGGGUUGUUGAGGAGACUUAUAGUGAUUUUUGGUUGAUGAAAGAAUACGGGGAUGAGAGUUCUUGGACUCGGAUUUAUAAAAUUGAACCAGGCGCAGUGCCUUGGAAUAUUGACUAUUUCAAGCCUCUACUCUUUUCCAAGAAUGGCAAAAAGGUUUUGAUGGAAGAAGUCAGUCUUUUUUGGUAUGACAUAGAAAAGAAAAGAGGCAAGAUGGUUAAGAAUCAGAGUUUUCCUAAGCGGUUUAAAACAGCAACUUGUAUUGGGAGUCUUCUUUUGCUUGACGGUGAUUAUGUGAUUGAUCUGAAGCAGAAGAAGAAUAAGAGGAAGAGGUAA